GCAAAAUAAAUAAAGAAAACGUAAACCAAAACUGACAUUACCUGUUAUCAUUAUUUGAAAACGAUAAUGGCUGAUGAAGACAAGGCAGAGUGCGAGCGGAUCUUCGGCAAGUUUGAUGCCAAUGGAGAUGGUAAAAUCUCUUCAGCCGAGCUUGGAGAAUCUUUGAAGACGCUUGGAUCUGUGUCAGCGGAAGAGGUCAAAACUAUGAUGGAUGAACUUGACACUGAUGGAGAUGGAUUCAUUUCUAAAGAAGAAUUUACCGAUUUUUAUAAUGCUAAUCGGGGGUUAAUGAAGGAUGUUGGCAAGAUCUUCUAACUAUAAUACCUUCAUUACUAUCUAAAGAUAUUGGUUUUGGCAAUGGCUCUUAUGAUUUAUAUUUUUCAGGUUCUAAUAUGUUAUUAUUUUUUGUUCAUAGUUAAAAAUGUAAAAUAUUUGAAAAGAAAUAUAAACAUUAAAGGAUUUAAUUGAGUUA